AUGACGGAGGACGCUAGCCCAAGCGUCCGCAGUGAUCACUCUCCAGUAAACCUACAAGCUGAUUCUGAAUCGCUUGUUCAGCGGAACAGCAGACCCGUCACCCGAGAUGAAAGCGAGCCUCGAACUCGUACUCCUAAGGAGUUCAAGGAUGCGUCUCCUGUUGAGAUUAUUGCAGCACCUGUCCGCUAUGCUGGAAUCAACGUUGAGAACCCAAAGAGGAAGAAAAUAAGACUCCAAGAAAAUGCGGAGGAUCAAGGGGAACUCAACGAUUCCGCUGAUUUAUUGCCGUCAGUGGUUCCAGAAUCACUAAAGAGCAAGGUUGAUGAUUACGAAGCAACCGCUGCAAACUCUCCACCAUUAACCUCGGGGCUUGAGGCCGGUGAGCCUUUUGGAGACGGUGGCAUGCCACAGGAAGAUCAACCGCCGGGGAAGAAAGAUAGAGAGGACCUCAAAGCGGUGGAACUCGAGACCACGCCGCCGCCUUCCGAUUCUAAUGCAGAGAACUCUGAAUACGAGGCUGCGGGCACGCAGGAGGCUGCCGCCUCCGAUUCGGACGCGGACACGCAAGUAUCGGAAGAAGAUUCUGGCGAUGAAGUCUCAAAAAAGGCAUUCGAUAACACUCCGGGGGGACCGGGGCCAACGAGCAAUUCUCAACUCUCAAAUCAGCGCCUGGUUGGGCUCGGUGCCGACACUACGAAUUCUCGAAGCCAAGCUUCUUACUUCACACCCUCAAUUCUGAAGCUGUUGCCUUCAAAGUCAGACGAGCUACCCGCGAAGAAACUUCCGACUAAGCUACAUGCGCUUGUCCAGGAUGAUUCUGAGACCGAGUCUAAGUCUUCAUCUUCCUCUAGUUCCGAUUCUGAUUCGGAGUCCGACUCGGACAUUGAGAAACCAGGGCCGAACGCCUGGAGUUUGAGUAAAAAAUCUAUGCAGGCGGGCUCAGCACCACCACCACGGUUAGGCAAUCAUGCCGUGCAGCAAACAGACGGGUUGCAACCUCAUGAUGGCCAGGACUCGGUGGAUGACUCAACUAACUCCUCAGACACGGAAUCUGAGCUCUCGGCAAUAGCAACGCAGACGUUUCAACAAGAAGACGUUGCCAGACGACUUUCAGAUAAGUCCAAGAGUUCCGGCGAGGAACCUUCAGGCUCGCUUAACGGGAAAGUGGCGCAUGACGCUGUCGCAAAGCCGACGCUGGGACGACAUGUCGUAGAGCAACCUGAGCAGCGAGACGCCGAAUCGGAAGUAUCAGACGAGUCCGAGACAUCCGAGCCGGGGUCUCCAACUUCAGGUAGCAACAGUUCGAAGCCGGAAGUUGGGGUUGAGGCUCAAACUGCCCCUGGUCCCGAAGCGAUAUCACCAACAGAUGCGGAUGCCGGGAACAGCAAGGACAUUAAGGAUGAUGAGGUGUUGAUGUACGAUCUGCAGGACUUGGACGAUGAAAAGCAUUCGUCACCGAAGGCCCCCCAGCAAGACGCAUCCAUGGACGAUGACCCCGAUAUCGGCAAGGGUGAGAGGCAGGAGGGCCUGCCACCUGAAGAUGACCGGAUAGUUGACAUCGAGGUUGGUGUUAAGCCAGAAAACCAUGCAACUGAAGAGGAUGUCCCGAUCGCGGAGCCCAACGACAGCCGAGAUAAAGAGCAUAAGUCACCACUCAAAAACAACAACGAGGCCGAACAGCACGACGUGAUCACUAUAUCAUCCGAUAAGUCAUCUUCAGAGGAUGAUUCGUCCUCGGAGGGCGAGCAGUUCGUUCGAGCCGUUCACAAGACCCCAGUCUCUGAGCUUACUGGGCCCGACGAUGUCCCUCAAAUUGACGGCGUGGUUGUCGCGAAAAUGCAGUCGGCCCCGCCUUCUCCAAAACUAAUAAGAGCGCAUUCGGAGGCGGGUAGCAGGGCGUCCUCUGUCGACAACGAGCCGAAAGGUUUCUUACGUCCCGAUGGAAGCCUCUCUGCGCAAAAACGCCGUACGGGCCUGCACUCGCCGCACUUCGUCUUGACGCGUGUUUCUCAGAAAUCAAAGCGCCCCCCGGCUGGAACCAUAUCUUCUCUGCCAUUCCCUUCUACUGAGGCCCCCCGGUUCGGGUUGAUCCAAGAGGAGCUUGCUCAUGAACCUUUUCAACUUCUCAUUGCCGUCAUGUUCCUCAACAAGACCAAAGGCAGCAAGGCCAUCCCCAUAUUCCGCGAAUUUAUCGUGCGGUAUCCAUCGCCGGAUGAACUCGCGCACGCCAAUCUCCUUGACAUCACGUCAAUGCUGCGCCCACUAGGCCUGCAAAAUAGCCGUGCCAAGAUGCUUAUCAAUUUUGCCAAGUGCUGGCUGAUUGACCCACCGCGGUUCGGCCGACGUUAUCGCUGCGUAAAUUAUCCUUACAAGGGAGCACAGAAGGACAUCAAGCCCGGCGAAGUGCUCAAUGACGUGGACCCUCGCGUAGCAGCUUACGAAGUUGCACAUUUGCCUGGUUGCGGCCCGUACGCACUGGAUAGCUGGCGUAUAUUCUGUCGCGAUGCACUGAGAGGGGUGGCGUUGGACUGGAAUGGUACAGGUGUGGGGGAUGAGGGCUUUGAGCCAGAAUGGAAGAGGGUGAAGCCGGGCGAUAAGGAGCUGAAGGCUUUUCUGAAGUGGAUGUGGUUGAGAGAGGGAUGGGCGUGGGACCCAAAGACCGGAGAAAGAGCCUUGGCGAAAAGAGAAGAGGUUAAAACGGCCGAAAAGAGUUGGCGUUGGGACCAGGAAAGCGGAGAGGAUGUGUGGAUUGAGGGUGGAAUGGACGAGAACGAAGCAGGGGAGAUCGAUGCUGCCCCCCCUCACACCCUACCCGCUCGCGCGAAUGAGUUUCGCGGUUCUGUUGAGAGCGAUGACAGCACCUCUGCGGACGAGGCGGACCAUCUUGGGGAUCUCUCGGACGAUUCCCAGCAAGAUAAUGGAACAUGCGAAGAGGACAACAGCAGCCAAUUAGUGGCAGCUCAAAUCGCCCACGAAGUAGAUCUCUCGCAGAAUCGCCCGUUGACACAGGUUCCUGCAACGCAACCAUCUCCCCGGUCACCUUUCCCGACCAGCAUUGCUUCUGUCAUUGGCGAUGAUGAGGCAAUGGAGAAGGCAACGGACAGCGAGGCCGGAGACAGUAGCCCUUACGCUCCCCUUACCGGCGUGGAGAGGAUGUUCACAGAGUGCGAGAAAGAAGCGGAGUGGUACUUCACGGGAGAGGUCAGCGAGACACCGCAACCGGAUAGUCCAACGAAAAGGGCGGAGAGAGAGGCCGCUAAAGCGAUUGCGGUCGAUAAAAGUUCACCUUCGAGUCCGAUCGAGUAUCGGAGUGACGGCGAUGGCGGUAAUGAAAUUGACGAGAUGGAAGGUGUGGAAGAUGGUAGCGCUCGCCAGGCAAGUCCUGAACUUUAA